UAAAUCAUCUACUCUAUCUCCGUGUUUUGUUUUGAUUGUUUUUUCAUCCACGAACACAUUAAAAACAGAGAAUCCCAACAUCUGAAUGGUUGCUAGUUUGACGCCGCUCGGAACAAUAACGUGUGGAAAUCCGUGCGUCAUCGGGACACCGGCGGCGUAGGAGACCGCUGCGCCUCCGUCGUGCGUCAGGCAAGGUUGGAAUGAGCACGUAAAUAAGUGCGCUCAUCAGAUCCCCCUUUUUUUCCUUAAUUGAUCCCAACAGCCAAUCGAUCAGUGACCAGAGCGCCUCAGCCCGCAUGACCUCUGGAGUGACGCGUCUGGCAGAUGAGAGGCAGAGAGGUGCGGAAGGAGCCAGAGGAGGAGGAGGAGGAGGAGGAAGAGGUGGUGUUGGAGGAGGAGAUGCGCAUCUCUGCAGGUCUCUAGCGCGGUCGUAAAACAAGUGUCUGCAGAAGCCAUGCCGGGAGUAACCAAGUACAAUUUAGUGGACGACGGUCAAGAUCUGAGGCUCCCCAUGCACAACGAGGAGGUGUUCCAGCAUGGAGUCUGCUUCGAGGCGAAGUACAUCGGCAGUCUGGAGGUGGGUCGCCCUGGCAGUCGAAUGGAGAUCGUCGCUGCAAUGAGGAGAAUCAGAUAUGAAUUCAAACUGAAGAACAUCAAGAAGAAGAAGGUGAACAUCAUCGUCUCCACUGAUUUUGUCAAAGUAAUCCUGCGCAAAAAGAAGAGAAAAGGGUGGUCCUGGGAUGACAACACCAUCCUGGUGACACAGGAUCCCAUCUACAGGAUAUUUUACGUUUCACACGACGCUCACGAUCUGAAGAUUUUCAGUUACAUUGCCAGAGACGGACAGAGCAACGUGUUCCGCUGCAAUGUCUUCAAGUCCAAAAGGAAGUCUCAGGCCAUGAGGAUUGUGCGCACCGUGGGUCAGGCGUUUGAUGUGUGUCACCAGAUGACCUUGCAGCAGAAAAGCGAUGAGCAGGAGGAUGAGGAGGGGAAAGAGCCAGAGGCAUCACCAGCAAAAAAAAGGCUUGCACUGUCAGACGAGACAGACCUUGAAGGCACCACGGAGGAGAGCAUCGAGUACGUCUCCUCAUCAGACCUUGAGAAGAACAGAAAGGAUGAGACGCUUGAUUCUGAUGGAAAGGUGUGCAGUGACCCCUCUCUCCUGCUGAGCUCUCCUACCCUUGGAGCCUCCGCUCCUGGUGCAGAGGCUUCCUGCUCAGCAGAGCAUCAGGUCCAGCUUCUCCAGAAACAACUGCAGCAGCAGGAACAGCAAGCGCUGGCGGCUUCAGCACAGGUGCACGUGCUGCAGGAGCAGCUGUCGGUGGAGAUGUGUGCACGGACUGAAGCCCAGGCCAGAGUGCAGCGGCUCCUGCAGCAGAACACGGACCUGCUGCAGCACAUUUCCCUUUUGGUCAAACAGAUCCAGGAGCUCGAGCUCAAGUCUUCAGGCCAGUUGACAUCUAUGGGAUCCCAGGACAGUCUUCUGGAGAUAACGUUCCGUGCCAAACCCCCCAGCAUGCCCUGCACUCCCCUCACCCCUUCUUCAUCUCUAGCUCCGUUAGGAACUCAGCUCCAGACUGGAGAUCUCGCUUGGCUCUCGGCUCCGCCGGGGCCCUGCUCUCCAGGCACCACCAGCGCAGACGCCAUUCCUCUGGGGCUGAGCGGCAGCGGAGUUCGACUGGAGUGUUUUCGCUUCUCGACGCCCGGGCAGGAAAUGCAGGACACGGGGGAGACUCCCAGUGAUGACAGCUCCCCGCUGGGGGAGCAGAUUCUGGGGGCGCUGGAGCUUCUUCGAUUCAGAGAAUCAGGGAUUGGAUCAGAGUAUGAAUCCAACACGGAUGAGAGCGACGACCGGGACAGCUGGGGGCAGGGGGAAGGGUCUGGAGCCGAAGCGUCCGGGCGCCUCCUGAACGUGCUGAAUGCAGAGAACCUGCCAGACUGUUUAGGGGAUGAGAUGGCCGUUUAGUGUAGCGCCUGACUCUCAUCACACAGACCUUAAAUCGACUAAAAAAAAAAAAAAAGAUCAUCCGCAGAUGUUAGAGAGACACACCUUCACAGCCUAUGUGUUUUUAAAGAGGCCACUUUAAGGGUUCCCCUUUCUUCUGUGUGUUAUUUAGCGUCUUGUGCAUGUAGAAGUUGUUCAGAAGUUUACAGAAUAAUUGUCAACCACACACUGUUAUAGUUUGCAUUCAAAUUGAUGCAGAAGAAUUAUCAGCAAAGACGAACAUUUUCCAGUUCCAAAGACAAUAAAAAUGUCUUUAUGUGAAAAACAGUUUUCAUUCACUGUGAAAAGAUGCAAAAGAUCACUUUUUGUUUUGAUGGAAACUCAUGUGGGAAUGCUGAGAAGAACAAACUUCUUUUAAUAGUGUCAACAUUAGAUUCAUAAGCUAUGUUGUAAUGCUAUUUUUAUGUUAAAUUUUGGAAAUAACAAACAAUUCAAGUGUAUUAAAGACUAGAAGAUA